UCCCUCGGCUGCUGCUCCGCCUCCCUCCCCGCGGGCUGUCCCCGCAGUGCUCCGGGACCCGGCGAGCCUUCGGGGCGCGCGUCGCUGCUGGUGGCUGGGGCUGUAGCGAUAAUAAAUGAUAGAGGAUACAAUGACUUUGCUGUCUCUGCUGGGUCGCAUCAUGCGCUACUUCUUGCUGAGACCCGAGACGCUCUUCCUGCUCUGCAUCAGCUUGGCACUGUGGAGUUACUUCUUCCACACUGACGAGGUGAAGACCAUCGUCAAGUCCAGCCGGGACGCCGUGAAGAUGGUGAAGGGCAAGGUGGCCGAGAUCAUGCAGAACGAUCGGCUUGGGGGGCUCGACGUCCUGGAGGCCGAGUUUUCCAAGACCUGGGAGUUUAAGAGCCACAACGUGGCUGUGUAUUCCAUCCAGGGCCGGAGAGACCACAUGGAGGACCGAUUUGAAGUUCUUACGGACCUAGCCAACAAGACGCACCCGUCCAUCUUCGGGAUCUUUGACGGACACGGUGGCGAGACUGCCGCUGAAUAUGUAAAAUCGAGACUCCCAGAGGCCCUUAAACAACAUCUUCAGGACUACGAGAAGGACAAAGAAAAUAGUGUUCUGUCUUACCAGACCAUCCUUGAACAGCAGAUUCUGUCAAUUGACCGAGAAAUGCUAGAAAAAUUGACUGUAUCCUAUGAUGAAGCAGGUACAACGUGUCUGAUCGCUCUCCUAUCAGAUAAGGACCUCACGGUGGCCAAUGUGGGUGACUCCAGAGGGGUCCUGUGUGACAAGGACGGAAAUGCCAUUCCUCUGUCUCAUGACCACAAGCCUUACCAACUGAAGGAGAGAAAGAGGAUAAAGAGAGCUGGUGGUUUUAUCAGUUUCAAUGGCUCCUGGAGGGUCCAGGGAAUCCUGGCCAUGUCCCGGUCUCUGGGGGAUUAUCCGCUGAAAAAUCUCAAUGUGGUCAUCCCAGACCCAGAUAUCCUGACCUUUGACCUGGACAAGCUCCAGCCCGAGUUCAUGAUCUUGGCAUCAGAUGGCCUCUGGGAUGCUUUCAGCAACGAAGAAGCCGUUCGAUUCAUCAAGGAGCGCUUGGAUGAACCUCACUUUGGGGCUAAGAGCAUAGUUUUACAGUCAUUUUACAGAGGCUGCCCUGACAAUAUAACGGUCAUGGUGGUGAAGUUCAGGAAUAGCAGCAAAACAGAAGAGCAGUGAACCCUUCCGGGUCUCGGCUGCCUUCGACUAAAGGACUCCAAACACACUGGUCUCUUUUAAUGUAGUGAAAGGCGUGGGAGUUUCAGUUAGGAUCAGCCACCUAGACGGGGAUUCCCCUCCCUGAUGGUCAUAGGUCCAUAUCCAGUAAUGAACACAGGGUGCUCUUGGCACAUAGCUGAGAGGCUGGAAAAUGGUUUCUUCAUGUGUUCCCAGUUCUUUCCUCCGAUGUUCCACAUGUAUAAAUAUAUAGCUGUAGAUUCACACGUAUGACGCGAACGGCGUAUGUGCCAUAUAGUCUCCCCUUUGGGGUUCUUUUCAAGACCUCUUCCAGGAUUCUCCAGCCACCAGACUCUGUCCUCUCUUUGGAGCAGUGCAUGGGGCAGACCUCCAGAGCUGCGGGAGACAGGCUGCUGCGGCCGCUGUGCAUCUGGGCAGACGGGUCGAUGCCCGCUGCUGAGACGCAGAGCCAUCCCAAGGAGGCUUUGUCCUCCUGAGCCCAGCUUUUCUGCUCAGCGGCUGCCCAGACACAGAUUUGAAAUGGUUUAUAAUUCCGUGGCUGCUUUUGGAGACAGAGGGAAGUGGGGAGGGUGAGAGCCGCCUGUACAGCAGACAUAACCUUUUCCCCUGGCUUCCUUUCUUACUGAAAUAGACCCUGGGUACAACCUGACCCGUCUUUGUGUGUUUAUCCUAAUCGUGCAUGACCUUAGCCUUUUGCUUCUACUUUACAUUAUGUAAUAGGCAGCUGUGAAACUUCACCACCAGACACCAUGAUUUUUUGUCUUACCAAGAAACCUAUUAGGGGAAAUGAAUAAAGCAAAUCACAACGCCAUAAUUUCUUCAGUCUUUAAGGGUAGAUAGAGGGAAAUAGAGGCCAAAUAAGUCACAGUGCCCCCCUGGGAAAUCUGCUGUUUGCAUCAGGAGAGAAAGCUCCGACGGUCACCACCCUGAACUAAGCUCCAGCGGCCAUUUUGGGGUGGGUUUUGCAGCACCCCUCCCCACCCCCCGCCACCCUAGUAACUUCCAAGUGUCUUUCAAGCGGUGUUCUGAUAAGCACAGCCUGGAACUGCGUGUGUGUUCCUUGAAGCCAAGUACACAGUUAUCAGCAUGGUCGGGCAUUUGGUGACAAAAUGCUGGCAUGUGGUUCUCCUUGAUGGUGGAAAGGCAGCCGCCUGUAACAUUUGGUUGUAGAUCACCAUCCCUACCAGGUAGCUUUCCCCAGGCAAACACAACCUGCUCCACACAGCCCUGCAUUCCGCGGCAACCACGCCGGCAGGGAUUCAAGAUCAGGCUUGUAUUGUUAAGUGGCUCAGAGUUAUUUCGGGGCCAAGCUUGCUGCUCUUCAUGUCCUGUCACCAAAGUCAUCUUUCCAGUGUCAGUAUUUUGUAAAUUAAUUGACAGAGAGUGCCGGGUCAGCCCGUUUGCCUGACUGAGGUGGCUGUAAAAACCAGACAAGAUUUUUGUUGUGUCCCCAUCCCUCUGUGUCUGAAAUGUCAAGCUGUCCGCUUGGUUUUGUCAUUCUCAAGUGGGCACUUGUCGUUAGAGCUUCUCAAAAGUCCAAUUCACAGGCCACCUGCAGCCCACAGUGCCCCUCCCUCCCCUGCCCUUCUUCAACUGUGGAGCUUUCCUGAAGCAGGUUCCAGGGGAGAACUUGGGAGGGUGAAAGAUUCCCUUGUGGCUGCCAAGGGCUGCAGCCUGCCUCGAUUUCUCCAAGCACUCACCAUCCUUUGACUGCAAUGAGAAUUAAUAAUGGUUUCCCAAGCGAUUUGCUCACUUUUAUAAACUAUAACAUUAGAAUUUCCAUGUUAGAAUUAGAACCCUGGUUAUUUUAUUUUUAUUGUUUUUUUAGCUAUAGAAUGUUCUAGUACAAAAUAUCUGUCACCAUUUUAGAUUGAAAUAUUUGCCUAAUGAGAGACAGUGAACUCUUGUAUUUGGGGCAGGGGUCAGGAGAGGAAGGUAGGAGACAGGCUGGUUGUGUUCAGUGAUGGGAUGGGCAAGCCAGGUGGCCUGAGCUUGCUUGGAGAUCUAGGACAUUCUGACUCUGGAGAGUUACCAAAGCCCACCAUCUAAAGGAACAAGCAGUUUCAGCAUUUUACGCUACACAGUCUUUUUUAUUUUAAGUUAUUUUUAACUUAACCCUAAAAUUCAUAUUGACAAGGGAAAGAGAUUUUUAAAUUCCAUGAUCAUUGCUACUGUCUAAAAUGAAAACAGACAUGUUUUGGUGAGGACGAACAAGCAAAGCUACAGGAAAUUAGUGUUUUUUCACCUGCACAGGGUCUUCCUCGUGGUGCCGAGGGCAGCAGUGCUCGCCUUCUCCUCCCCCUGAGGUUACCGGGUGUCUUCUACAGUUUGCUUUGUGGAAUUAUUCAUUUCUGAAUUUAACCACUCAGUGUGUGUAUUUCCUACUCCCUUUCAUUCUGCCUCUUUUCCUCUCACUUUGGCUUUUAGAUUUUCUUAAAAGACAGACAUUUUAGGCAAAAUAGUAGCUGUUUGAUUAGGAGUUAUAUCUAAAAUCAGAGAGCUUUGUUUCCUUCCCCGAUCCUGGAGCUCUCUCUCUGCCCCUUGUCCAGCUGUUAGGGGUCUGCAGACAUCCCCACCCCACCCACCCCUGCCCGGGGUGCCCUGUGGCUCAUUUUCCAGGGACAAGGGAAAAGUUGAAUCUAGCCUUUAGGCAAAUUGAUUUGAGAAGUUUGCAUGUGAAGCUUCCUUAAACAGCACUGCCAAAGCUUUGGAAUUGUCACAUGAGGCUGCCCAGACUCCCCAGCCCGAGUUCGCAUUGCCAAUAGCCCCAUGGUGCCAAAUUUUGGGACGGUUUUACAGUCUUUUAGAAAUGACGUGGGAAUGAAUGACCACACGCUUAUGAGCCCCCAGCAAGACACCAGAUGCAGAGCUCAGGACCCCUCCAUGCGCCACUGCUGCCCCACUGGCAAUUUGUACUCUUAACAUGGCUUGGGACUUGGGGUGGGGGAGACAAGAUAGGAAAAUUUUUUUUGAAUACUCACUGUAUUUGCAAUUUUCUAAUUAAAGGAGUAGACAAUACUUACAUUACAAACUCCAGAGCUAGUUCCCAAGGCCUGCAUUAUGUGACCAACUUGCCCAAGGCACUGAGCUCUGAAGUCUAAGGCAGUCUAAUUCGAAUAUAACAUGACUACUCAUAUGUACACAUUUCCAGUAACCAGUGGCUAUGUUCUAUUUUUUGCCUUAGAUGGAAGGUACUGGCCUCUUGAAUCUUGUCUAUAUAAUAAGAGAAUUACAGAGAGUGUUUUCUAGAGUGAAGGAGCAUAUGCAAUCUGGAUGAUUUAAAACAAGGCUUAUUUUAUACAACUGUAAUGAUUUCAACCCACAUACAUUCUGUGCAAACGGGAUUGCGUGAGGAUGAUGGCAUCAUUUCAAUCCUAUUAGAAGUAAUUCUGGGAAACUGAUUACAUUAUUGAAUUGGAUCAUUGGGAUAGCUGUCAAUAAAUGAAGGAUACACAAGGGAGUGACGCUUUUUCCUUUGCCAAGUAUACCUUGAUUUUCCGGAUUUCUUCCCACUGAAUUAUUGUUAGAUCUAAUACUCUUACAACUAUGUCAAUGAAGAAGGUUUGGAAAGGGCAAUAUUUCACUGUGCAUUUGAAAGCAUGUGAAUACAUGCUUGGGAUGAAGCUUUAUUCUUCCAUGAUUUCAGAAAUGAUUUUUUUUUUCUCCUUUGAUCCAUCAUCAUUAGACUGCUCUUCCCUCAAUAUUCUAAAAUUGCCUUAGUGCGUCACACCAGCAUUCUUGAACUAGCUCUGCAGAAAUGACCUGACUGUUAGAUACCACCCUGGGGCCUAUGUAAUUGCCUCUAGAUUAAAUCAUUGGUAUCUAGACUUUUGAACUACUUAGUUGAACACCGCAGGAGUAAUAGAAUCCAGUGUCCCCCACCCCAAAGUGUGUUCCAUAGAACAUGAGUUCCAAAGUGAUCUUCCAAAUACAGGGUUCCAGGGUCAAAUGAGUUUGGGAAACAUACUAUCUUAAAAAGUUAGUGCAUAUAAGCACAUAGAAGGUUUUAAUUUAAAUGUCCUAUGGGUGGACGAUGGGGAGAGGGGAAGAAACCCACUGCAGAUGUAAUUUCAGCCAACUCAGGUUUUCCAGAUUAAUUUGGCCAGAGAAACUUUUUUGAGUAACACCUAGUAACAUUCCAAGGAGCUUGUGUUCCAUAGGACCCACGUUGGGAAUUUGUUAGGCUGAAUUUGUUAAUGAAAGCGGUGAUAAGAAACUAUGACUUAAUAAGACCCUUCAGCAGCUUCCCAUUGGUAACAGAAGCCCAGCAAUCCUGCCUGAAGCCCUGAACUUCUCUCUUUAAUGUUACUAAUAAACAGGAGCCUUGCCAUAUAGCUAGGGAUUUCUCAAAUUUCAUUCCAAGAGCUUUCAGUUGUGCUUUUGAAGUCAUCUUUGCUUUCCAGAUUGAACCAAAAUAAAUAUUUUUACAUUUUAUCAUUAUGUGAAAGUUUAAAUAUAUAUAUUUAAAACAAUAGAAAAGGGGGAAAAAGUCAUUUGAUUAUAAAUCAUUUUAAAAUUUUAACUAGGUUUUUAAAUUUAUGUAUCCAUUGUAUAAUAAUGUUAAGGUAAACUAUUAACACUUAUUUACUUUCCUCUGUCAUUCUUUCCAGAUUCAAUGAAAUAACUCUGAAAUCAAUCAAAGUUCAUUCGUUCUAAAAUCCCUGUCCCAUGUUUUCCCACCUUUGACAUUUUAUGUAUAGGAUUAAGUUUGGUGAGUUAUCUCUUGCCUAAAAUGUAGGGCUUGACUGUAGCUACAGUCUCGUCACUCGGCCUGGGCAGGGCUGGGAAGCUCUAGGGAAUUCCGAAAUAAUGGAUGAAACAAAUUUAGUCCCAAACACAGUGCACGGUGAAUUUAGGGUAAAGUCAUUAAUCCGAAUUACCUCCAGUGUUUAGGAAUACAUCCAUCCUGUGGACAUUACCCAAAAUAGUAAAAAACCGACAUUAGAACUGCUUAAGCUAGGUGGCAGAUUUCAGAGGGCAAGUGACAGUGGAAUUAGAUAUGUGCUUCGAAACAUGUUUGGUAAUAUGUAAACUUUUUUGCUAAUUCUUAAUGUUGAUGCUUUGUCCAUUAUUUUUUCUUACCACUGUUUAACUGAGGGUGGAUUAUGAUCAUUUUGAUGUGUUUAGUAAUAACCGCACCAUCAUUUGUACAAUCACUUUAAUAAAGCCAAGUUAAGGACUUUGAAGAGA